AUCACUUAUCAUUAUUCAGAACGAUUUUGUUGAACAUACAUCAACUAUUUGUAGUAAUAAUGCCGUGUUUUAGACUGUUCACUAAUAUACCUAAAAUCAAAAUUCCUAAUGAUUUCGUUGAAAAAAUAACACCGUUGUUGGCUGAUGUUUUAAGAAAACCUGAGCAGAAGUUUGUAUGUCUCGUGUCUGGGGACUGCAUUUUAUCUUUUGGAGGGGAUGCGAGCGCUCCUGGAGCCGUUGCCUCAAUUGAGUCCAUUGGACACCUAGGACCUAAUGAAAAUAAAAUAUUUGUUACACAAGUUACUGCUUUUGUAGAAAAAGAACUCGGUAUCAAGCCUGACAGGUUUUUUAUCUCGUUCUACGAUCUCGAAGGUCACAAUAUUGGAAAAGGAGGUGUAACAUUGGCUUAACAUGUAAUAAAAUAUAUUGAUUUCUAUUAACUAAAUUUUAAAUCUCUUAACAUACUGCGUUUACGUUAUAUUAUUAUAAUUUAAAUCAACAAAAUAAACAAAACAGUUUGUGUUACAAAAUUA